UCCCUCUUAGUGGUGAUGCCAAUUUCACGGGGAGCCAGUCCGCAGGAAGGGAGCGAGAGGAUAGACCUGUCUGCCGGCCUGUCUGCCUUACACACCAACUGAAACUUUGCCUCCUGAUCCCGGACCAGUUUUAAUCAACAGGAUGAGGUCUUGGAGGGACUAAGGCGUGUCACUCCCCAGCUAGUGUCCUGUGUAGAAGAGACUGCUUCAUCCCUUUACUCUGAUCCACUGUUCCUGAUCCCACUCAUCCCAUGUGACAGGGACAGAAAGGAUCAGUGACCAGCUGAGGAGUACGUGUCAGUAGCCCUCGCCUCCUCCUUCACAAAAGAAAGAACAAAAGCAAAUCCCUCCCUCUGCUCUCCUCCUUGGAGCAAGCAAUGCUCAACCUUCUAAACGCAGAUUCCUCCUCCAGCUCCAAACAGGAGCUCCUGGACCUCAACGAUGGUCCGGUCAGUGCCUGCUUGGACACACCCAGCCCAGUUGAGUCCCAGCAAGACGAUUCACCGAUCGGCUCCAGCACUGGAAGUCCCGGUGCAGCUGGUCCAGUGGGGAGAGGGAAUGGGCGUGCACUAGCAGGACAGGGCUACGGGGACAAGACGGAAACCCCGUAUGGAAUCAAGUUCAUCCCGACGGAGGCUGAGCAUCUCUGUGGCUGGGGGCCUCUUACGCCGCAGGUGAUUCAGACAUUCAACACCCCGCAGUGGGUGCUGUUCUUCCUCUGCGUGGCCUCCUUCCUCCAGGGCAUGAUCGUCAACGGCUUCAUCAACACGGUGGUGACCUCCAUUGAGCGGCGCUUCGACCUGCGCAGCUACCAGACGGGGCUGAUCGCCAGCUCCUAUGACAUCGCCGCCUGCAUCUGCCUGACCUUCGUCAGCUACUUCGGGGGCACGGGGCACAAGCCCAAGUGGCUGGGCUGGGGGGUGCUGAUCAUGGCACUGGGCUCGUUGGUCUUCACCCUGCCGCAUUUCACCACCCCGCCCUACCAGGUGAGCGUGCUGGAGCAGGCGGGUCUGUGUUUGGCCAACGCCACCAGCCCCUGCCAGGAGAGCAGCAGCAGCCUGUCCAACUACCGCUUCGUCUUCAUGCUGGGCCAGUUCCUGCACGGCAUGGGGGCCACGCCCCUCUACACUCUGGGGGUGACCUACUUGGAUGAGAACGUUAAGUCCAGCUAUGCACCCGUCUAUAUCGGGAUCUUUUACACCGCGGCCAUCGUGGGACCGGCUGCUGGAUACCUGCUGGGCGGGAUGUUCCUCAACAUGUACACCGAGAUCCAUCUGACGACAGAACUCACGCCGGAGAACCCUCUCUGGGUGGGGGCCUGGUGGAUCGGCUUCCUCGUGGGUGGAGCUGCUGCUCUGGUCACUGCCCUCCCCAUUCUAGGAUACCCACGCCAGCUCCCAGGCUCUCAGCGCUACGUGGCCAUGCGGGUGUCAGAGGCCCACCAGUUAAAGGACGGGAGCCAGGUGACGGCAGCAGACCCACAGUUUGGAAAGACAGUGAAGGACAUGCCCAGGUCAGUACUGCUCCUUCUGAAGAAUCCCACGUUUAUCUUCCUGUGUUUUGCUGGGGCCACUGAGGCCACUCUUAUAGCAGGCAUGUCCACGUUUGGCCCCAAGUUCCUGGAGUCUCAGUUCAGUCUCAGUGCCUCUGAGGCUGCCACCUGGUUUGGUUACAUGGUGGUGCCGGCGGGUGGGGGGGGCACCUUCCUGGGCGGAUACAUCGUGAAGAAGCUCAACCUGCGUUGCCGUGGCAUUAUCCGCUUCUGCUUGCUGUGUGCCAUCGUCAGCCUGUUCGCCAUCUUCGUCUUCCUCCUCCACUGCCCCAAUGUGCCAGUGGCUGGGGUUAAUGUGCCGUACCAGAGGCCGCUCCAGUUCCAGCACCCGUACCAAGACUUUCACAACGGAUCCCAGGUGAAAGAGAAUCUGACUGUUGGCUGUAAUGCAGAUUGCCACUGCUUGCGAGAGAUGUAUAACCCUGUAUGUGGGGCUGAUGGGAUCAUGUACUACUCCCCCUGCCAUGCUGGCUGCAGCACUGUCAACCACACACUGAGCAGCACUGGGACACAGGUGUACUCUGACUGCAGCUGCGUGAUUGGUAAUAAUUCCACGUGGGGGGAGGCGGGGCUUGCGCAAGCAGGGAAGUGCAGCACUUCCUGCCAUCACAUGCCCCUAUUCCUCAGCUUCCUGUUUGUGAUCAUCUCCUUCACCUUCCUGUGCAGCAUCCCGGCCCUCACCGCCACCCUCAGGUGUGUCCCAGACACCCAGAGGUCCUUUGGGCUGGGGAUUCAGUGGAUUGUUGUGCGAACAUUAGGGGGAAUCCCGGGUCCCAUAGCGUUCGGCUCCGUGAUUGACAUCUCCUGCAUGCUGUGGCAGGAGGAGUGUGGCGAGCAGGGCUCCUGCUACCUCUACCACAACUCUGCCAUGAGCCACUACAGCCUCAUAGCGGGGCUCAUAUACAAGGCUCUGGGGACCGUGUUCUUCUUCCUGGCAUCGGUGCUGUACAAGCCCCCGCCCGAGUCCCCGCAGAGCAGCUGCGAGAGCACGGACCACGGCGCGGGGGACACGGGGGACCUCCCCGUCAAGGACGUCCCGCAGGAGAUCCUCCCCACUGUGACUGCCAGGAAUGAAUGGCCCCUGGUCUAAAGUGUGCCAUGAGUUGUGGGGGCUUUCUGGGAGAAUGGUGGAGGUAUGGGACGGGAUGGUAGCCAAUGAACCGGUCCCUUUCGCCUCUUCAGCCCCGCCUCCGGUCCAGCAGCCAUUGUCCUCAAGAGGCGACCACCUGCAAAUACAGGAGACGUCAGCGAAGAGGGCAGCCUAAAACUUAAGUGGAACAGUUUGCUGUGAGAAUGCAGAUUGCACAUGUAUUAAAACCCAUGAGGAUUAUUAAUCUGCCGGUCACCUGAUGUAAAGGCCCAUGCAUUUCCUCUAUUUCUUUUGCAAUAGUGUAGCAUCUGUAACGAAUCUGUAAAACAAGUACAAAAAUCACUUCUCUCAUGGACACACUGCAUUCUCUGCUGUUCGGAACAAGUUGGAAGAUAAAUGUGUCGUUGCCUUACUGAGCUCAAGAUGUGCUCAAAAGCAGGAGCUCUGGUUUGUGUGUGUGGUGUGUGUAUGUGCAUGUGUGAGUAAGCUGUGGGUAAUGCUGUGGUUUGUUUUGUAAUAAUUUGUUUCUACUGUACAGAGAGAACAGUACAAAAGUGCCCUAUGCAGGUAUAAUCACAGAUCUGCUGAGUAUUUUCCCUAGUCUGAUGAUUAAACAUGAUGUAUCUCACACAAAUAUGCAGAUCAGUGGAAAUCGCACAGUUAAAAUAGCACAACUGCAGGUUUUUCUAUGGUCUCACUUCAGAAAUCUUACUACCCUUCAAAUGAAUGAGAGGAGGGCUUUACUGCAUUGCAUGGACGUGAGACGUGAAAUACCUUACAAGUUCAGCUUAUGAAGAUAAAAACCAGAUUUGCAAGAAACACACAACAGACACUGUUUAAUCUCUACUGGUUUAUUGUAUCAAUCUCUGCAAUAUUAGCAAACAGCGCUUUUAGCAUUCUGUUGGAUAGAUCUGUUGAGGGCAUGUAUGAGCAUUUCAUGCAUUUAAUUGUAUAUUAUUAGGCUAAUCCGUACGAUGUGUGUCCCUUGCUUCUAAAAUACUGCAUUAGUCUAUAUUUUAGUUAUGGUCUCUUGCAAAAAGGCUUUUGCCUGUUGAAUUAUUGUACUGUAUGUUUGAUACAAGUCAUAUUUCUUCAAGCUGAAAAUGCACUAGAAUGGCUGUUUUGUAACCAUACUGUGAAUAUGUGAUAUGUGCCUGAAAUCUUUGGUUUCGGGGGCUGAUUAUGUGCAAAACUGUUAAAUACAACCAAAACCUUCUCAUGGUUGAUUAGCUCAGAAGCAGUUACCAAAACAACCUGUCAAAAAUCUUGUCUGUCCCAAAUGGUGAUUUCACGCAGUAAGUGAAUCAGUUAAAAGGAAGAUGAUGUGUGCAACAUGAAUGUGCGCUUGCAACAAUGAAAGUGAAAAUCAUGCAGUUUUGCUCAAAAAUUGAAUCUCAGUGGGCCCUGUUAAAUAAAACAUAUGAGGCGGUUUCUCAGUGUGAUUCUCAAAUGAUGAUUUCACAUGUCUUGCUUUUUACGCCAUGUGGUUGCAAGUCUGUUUUCCGGCCACUUCAACACAUACCUUCAAAGGAACCGGCAAAAAUGGCCGAUGUUGGAAAAUGUCAACUGGAAGUAUCACUUGCUUUCAUCUUGUCCAUCAGGAGAUGAGCUGGAAGCAGGAGGAAAGCACUUUGUACACUGAAGAACCUGGACUGAAAAAGACAUGCACUUGUGCAGGCUGGGAAUGCAUUAGAAUAAAUAAGCCAUGUCGUGAUCGAGAGAAUCUUUGAGAAAAAUGGAGUCCGUGUGCUUGAGUAAGACUUACACACAGCCUUCUCUCUCUUCACCAUGUCUUUCUCUCCCUUACUAGAACUGUGUUAGUGUGUGAAGAUUCCUUGCUCAGAUGAAUUCAUUAUAAGUAGAAUCAAUGACACGUUUUUCAAACCAUGAGACUGGUUGUUGUGUUGUGUAUGUCAGUGUGGGUUUUUUUUUUACAAGCAAAAGCUUUAUUAUCUGUGGGUUGAUUUAUACCAUUUGUUUUUGGGUAUCUAAGGAACAGGUAUUUUUACUACUGACAGUUCAGUGUAAAAAUGAAAAAAAAA